UACUGAAGUCCUGCUUGUCUUCUUUCACACUUUUUAAUAUCUGGGUAAGUCAGUCUUCCACGUGCUCCUGGGACUCUCCCCCAGCCAGUUCUCUCUCUCUCUUCCACCCCCCUCUCACCCUUACUUCAAUGCCAUAUUUUUUUCUCACUCAAUUACACUCUCUGACCGACUGUUUUCCUUUUGUUUGCUUCUCUCUAAAAAGCUAAGCAGCGAAAGGCAUUCAAGGUUUGAAAAAGGGGGAACAGUGAGAGAAAGAUAUCUAGGAUUGGAAUCAAAGAUUUCCCAGAGAGCUGAAAGAAGGUGAUGAUGGAAGGAAUCAAAGGACUAGGGGGUGGUGGAGGAGGAAGAGUUGGUGUUGGUGAGGAAGAUAUGGGGGAUGGUAUGCAAUGCAGUGACCAUCCCUACAGAAACAACCCAGGUGGGAUCUGUGCUUUCUGCCUCCAAGAGAAGCUUGGCAAGCUGGUCUCUUCCGCUUUCCCUCUCCCUAUUCGUGGCUCUUCCUCUUCUUCGCCCUCUCCUUCUUUUAGAUCUGAUCGGAAUGGCGGUGUUGGUUCUUCUUCCUCUCUUUCACUCUCAAUCAGACCCACAUCGACAAAAGUUAUCAACGAUGGUGGAACCAAAGAUAGUCAUUAUCAUGAGUAUUAUACGAGGCGGGCCCGGAUCCCUUUUCUUUUGGCUAAGAAGAAGAAGAAGAAAGUUACUACCAUAGCAUCAUCGGAUCGUGCAUCAGACAUCGUUUUCAAGCGAAGCAAGUCCACCGCAACCCCUAGGAGAAACCGGUUCUUGGAUGCUGAUGAUGGUGAAGACUUUAGCCCAAGAAAAAAACGAGGCUUUUGGUCCUUUCUUUACUUCUCUUCUUCUUCUUCUGCAUCCUCUUCUUCUUCAAAGCCCAGUGCUUCCAAGAGCGUGGACAAGAACUUCAGAGACAACCCCAAGAUCACAACUUUAACAGCAGCAGCAGCAACAACAAAUGUUUCAGUGGGGAAGCAGAAGGAGAAGUGUCUGGGGUCCUCUCUGGGCAAGAAAACUGACAUUGUGGAAGAUGAUGACAGUCCCAAUAGUCAAGCCACCGCUUCAGCCUCGUCCUUUGAGCGUAAGGUUUCAAGAUCCAGAUCUGUUGGGUGUGGAAGCAGGAGCUUCUCCGGUGACUUCUUUGAGAGAAUCUCCACUGGGUUUGGGGACUGCACUCUAAGGAGAGUGGAGUCCCAGCGGGAAGGCAAGCCCAAGGUCUCCACCUCGGCCGUGCACCGCGGCGGAGCUGGCGGCGAGCACCAUCACUGCAUGAAAGAGAGGGUCAAGUGCGGCGGCCUAUUUGGUGGGUUUAUGAUAACUUCCUCAUCUUCUUCGUCAUCUUCCUCUUCUUAUUGGGUGUCUUCUUCAGCUGAGGAAAUGAACGGGAAGCAGCCUGGAGGGCCACUUGUGCAUGGUCGGAGUAAGAGCUGGGGUUGGGCCUUUGCUAGUCCAAUGAGAGCUUUCGGCAAGCCUUCCUCUAAAGAUGGGAAGAGAGAUAUCAUCAGAGAAGCUUCAGAUAAGAAUACUACCCCCAACUUGGCCGCCAUUCCUUCCUUGCUGGCCGUGAGAGGCUAGAGAUCGAUACUAGUUCUGCCUUUGGCUUAAUACACAUUUUCAUGUUACUUGUCGAUUUCAACUCCAUGUUUAUCUCUGUUUGUGUCAAUCCCAUUAUUAAUGUCACACUUUUUUUUUCUUUUUCUGGGUUCCAUUUUCAUUUUACUUCCAUUUCGGGGAGGCUUAAGUGAUAAUGGAAUAGUACCAAAACCUAGUGAGUGUGGCGUCGUGGAUUAUUGCUUAGUAAAGGAGAUGAAACUUCACUUAUUUCAUCAGUACUACUACAUGUGAUUUGUUGG